AUGCCUCCAAAAGCGCAGCCUGGAGGACGUGGGCAGUGGGAUACGGGUGGUGUGAACGCUCUGCAGUUCUGCUCCAACGGUGCUCCCAACGAUACCAUCACGGCCGUGGCAGCUCAGAUUUUUGCUGCUGCAGAUCGUGCUCUCACCCGUACGACUCCUGGUGCGGUUCAGCCGGCUGUCAACAUCGCUGGCACGAUUAAUGUCAAUGAGUAUCGUGUCUGGUACAUCUUCGACGUGGCUGUCGCUGACGAGCUUCGUCGUGUUUUCGCUGCCGCCCCUGAUAUUCGGCGCGUUUUCGACUUCUUCUGCCGCCCCCGUGGUAACAGCCCUUACGAUGCCAUCUUUGGUGCCGGUUUGCGCGAUUACUCGCCUAUCGUAGCUCGUACGACGAUCACUGCUCGCCAGAUCCUUACUGGUCGUCCGUCGUAUCUCAAGGCUUUCGUCGUCCACACUCGUGGUGGCCUUAACGCGCGGUUCUGUACGAAUAACUGCGCUGCCGUCCUCGAGGGCGAGAAGGAGUUUACGGCGUUUGCGGGCUGUGUGUCGAUUCUGGGUGAGUGGGGAGGAGCCUGUUCCAACUGCAUCUGGCAGGAUCAUGGCGCUCGUUGCAACGUCCCGCGUGGUCCUGGGGGUCGUACGACGGCUUCCUCCAAGCGCGUGUCUGGUGGUUCGGACGGCGGCGGCCCGCGUAGGCGACCGGCUCUGGGGGGUCCUUUCAACCCGCUGCUCCUUGAGUAG